AAGAGAAUUUUAUUAGAUUUGUGAAGAACGAGCUGAAGAUGUUCAAGAGGAUUCUUAGUCCAGAACUCCCAGAAGGCUUUGAGAGUCAGAAGCAGGAUAAGGAAGUGGUGGAUGCUGAAGAUGAGAAGCAGGAGAGCAGUGCCAGAGAGGGGGCUCUGAAGAUCACACUGCACAUCCUGAGGAAAAUGAACCAGAAGGAGCUUGCUGACACACUGGAGAAAUAUUCAGAUGAUCUUGCUGUGAUUUGCCAACGUGAACUCAAAUCUAAUCUCAAGAAGAAGUUUCAAUGUGUAUUUGAGGGGAUCGCUAAACAAGGAAACCCAACAGUUCUCAAUAAGAUCUACACAGAGCUCUACAUCACAGAGGGUGGAACAGGAGAGGUCAAUAAUGAACAUGAGCUGAGACAGAUUGAGACAACAACCAGGAAACAAGCAAGACCAGAGACUGCAAUCAAAUGUAACGACAUCUUCAAACCCUUAACUGGACAAGACAAACAUUUCAGAACUGUGCUGACAAAGGGAGUCGCUGGCAUUGGAAAAACAGUCUCUGUGCAGAAGUUCAUUCUGGACUGGGCUGAAGGAAAAGCAAAUCAGGAUGUCCAAUUUGUAUUUUCAUUCCCUUUUCGGGAGCUGAAUUUGAUGAAAGGUGAAAAUCUCACUUUCAUUGAACUUCUCAAUCACUUCUCAAUGGAAACCAAACAAUCAAGAAUCUCUAACUACAACAACUACAAAGUUCUGUUCAUCUUUGAUGGUCUGGAUGAGUGCCGACUGCCCCUAGACUUCCAGAAGAACAAGAUCUGUUGGGACGUCACAGAGUCAACCUCAGUGGAUGUUCUGCUGACAAAUCUCAUCAAGGGAAAUCUGCUUCCCUCUGCUCUCCUCUGGAUAACUACCCGACCUGCAGCAGCCAAUAAGAUCCCUUCAGGGUGUGUUGACCAGGUGACAGAGGUACGAGGGUUCAAUGACCCACAGAAGGAGGAGUACUUCAGGAAGAGAUUCAGUGAUGAGGACCUGGCCAGCAGAAUCAUCUCACACAUAAAGACAUCAAGGAGCCUCCACAUCAUGUGCCACAUUCCAGUCUUCUGUUGGAUUUCUGCAACAGUCCUUGAACACAUGCUGGAACAUAAGAGAGAAGAGAUGCCCAAGACUCUGACUGAGAUGUACACACACCUUGUGGUGUUUCAUACCAAACAGAAGAAUGAAAAGUAUCUUGGGAAAGAAGAGACAGGUCCACACUGGAAUAAAGAGAGCAUUCUGUCACUGGGAAAACUGGCUUUUCAACAGCUUGUGAAUGGCAAUCUGAUUUUCUAUGAAGAAGACCUGAAAGAGUCUGGCAUUGAUGUCAAUGAAGCCUCAGUGUACUCAGGAUUGUGCACACAGCUCUUUAAAGAGGAAUGUGUGCUGUACCAGGACAAGGUGUUCUGCUUCGUGCAUCUGAGCAUUCAGGAGUUUCUGGCUGCUGUAUAUGUGUUCCUCUCAUUCAUCAACAACAAUGAGAAUGUAAUGGACAAACUGCAAGCAAAGUCCAUUAUCUUUUCUCUGCUGUUCAAUGACAAUCCUGAAUUUACUGUCUACAGGAGUGCUGUGGAUAAAGCCUUACAAAGUGAGACGGGAAACCUGGACCUUUUCCUCCGCUUCCUGCUGGGCCUCUCACUGGAGUCCAAUCAGAAACACUUACAAGGUCUACUGACAAAGACAAGAAGCAGCUCACAGAGCCAUGAAGAAACAGUCAAGUACAUCAAGGAGAAGAUCGGGGAGAAUCUCUCUCCAGAGAGGAGCAUCAAUCUGUUCCACUGUCUGAAUGAACUGAAUGACCAUUCUCUAGUGGAGGAGAUCCAAAGAUACCUGAGAUCAGGAAGUCUCUCAGAACCCAACCUGUCACCUGCACAGUGGUCAGCUCUGGUCUUUGUGUUGCUGACUUCAGAAAAGGAGCUGGAUGUGUUUGACCUGAAGAAAUACUCCAGAUCAGAGGAAGGUCUUCUGAGGCUGCUGCCAGUGGUCAAAGCCUCCAGAGCUGUUCUGCUGUCAGGCUGUGGAGUCACAGAGGAAGGCUGUGCUUCUCUGGUCUCAGCUCUGGAGUCAAACCCCUCACACCUGAGAGAGCUGGACCUGAGUAACAAUGACCUGAAGGAUUCAGGAGUGGAUCUGCUCUCUGCUGGACUGGAGAAUCCCCACUGUAAACUGGAGACUCUGAGGCUGUCAGGCUGUCUAGUCACAGAGGAAGGCUGUGCUUCUCUGGUCUCAGCUCUGAGGUCAAACCCCUCACACCUGAGAGAGCUGGAUCUGAGUAACAAUGACCUGAAGGAUUCAGGAGUGAAGCUGCUCUCUGCUGGACUGGGGAAUCCCCACUGUAAACUGGACACUCUGAGGCUGUCAGGCUGUCUAGUCACUGAGGAAGGCUGUGCUUCUCUGGUCUCAGCUCUGGAGUCAAACCCCUCACACCUGAGAGAGCUGGAUCUGAGUAACAAUGACCUGGAGGAUUCAGGAGUGAAGCUGCUCUCUGCUGGACUGGGGAAUCCCCACUGUAAACUGGACACUCUGAGGCUGUCAGGCUGUCUAGUCACAGAGGAAGGCUGUGCUUCUCUGGUCUCAGCUCUGAGGUCAAACCCCUCACACCUGAGAGAGCUGGACCUGAGCUACAAUCACCCAGGAGACUCAGGAGUCAGACUGCUCUCUGUUGGACUGGAGGAUCCACACUGCAGACUGGAGAAACUCAAUGUGGAACAUGGUGGAGAGAACAGAAUGAAACCUGGGCUUAGAAAAUAUGUCUGUGAUCUCACGCUGGACCCAAACACAGUAAACAGACUCCUCUCUCUGUCUGAGGAGAACAGAAAGGUGAUAUGGAGGACAGAGGAGCAGCCGUAUCCUGAUCACCCAGAGAGAUUUGAGGACUGUGGACAGGUGCUGUGUAGAGAGGGUCUGACUGGGCGCUGUUACUGGGAGGUAGAGUGGAGUGGGAGAAGGGUUGUUAUAGGAGUGACAUAUAAAGGAAUCAGCAGGAGAGGGACGGUUAAUGACUGUUGGCUUGGAUACAAUGACAAGUCCUGGAGUCUGAUCUGCUCUGACAACAGUUACAGAGCCAGGCACAAUACUAAUCCCACUACCAUAGACGUCCCCCCCUCCAGCUCCCACAGAGUAGGAGUGUAUCUGGACUGGCCAGCCGGCACUCUGUCCUUCUAUAGAGCCUCCUCUGACACACUGACCCACCUGUACACAUUCACCUCCAAAUUCCCUGAGCCCCUCUAUCCAGGGUUUUGGGUUCAUUGGGUUUGUGAUGAUGGCGAUUCUGUGUCUCUGAAAUAAUAACCUGAUACACACACACACUGGACAAACACACACACA